AGCUGUACACAGAAACGGAAGACUGGGACAGCAGGAGAUGCGAGAACAACCCUGGCAGCAGGUUUGGUCAAAAUGCUCCGCUGCUGUGACCUGGGAACAACGGGAGGGAAUGGAGGCGGACAUCACGAUUGAAGAGAUUGAAGGUGCAGCAGCAGACCUCCCGAAGCGUAAAGCAGCAGGACCAGAUGGUAUGCCAAUGGAUCACUUGCAUGCAGUGAUGCCAACUGUUUGCCUGAUGCUGGGUGAGAUGUUCAAUGCUUUCUUGUCAGGACGGCAAAGGAUGCCAACGGGAUUUGGGGGGGCUACUAUUGUGGUGCUACAUAAAAAAGGAGAUCCUGCUGAGAUCCGGAAUUGGAGACCGGUGUCUCUCCUGUCGGCCCCAUACAAGCUGUAUGCUAAGGUGUUGGCAAACAGGCUGGCAAGGGUGCUCCCGAGCCUGAUUCAUCCAACACAGACGGGUUUUGUCAGAGGACGGCAAAUCCUGACGAACGUCAUUAUGAUCAGAGAGGUGCUGCACACGGCAGCCCAGGUAAACCCGCCAUUGGCAGUGAUGCUGUUAGAUUUCGAGAAGGCAUACAACAAAGUACGUUGGAGCUUUCUAUUACAUGGUCUGGAAAUGUGGGGUUUUGGGGAAAGGUUCUGCAAAUUAAUGGCUUCCGAUCAUGUUCGCUCAACAUCACAAGGUCCGUUCGUCAGGGCUGUCCACUGUCACCGGCGCUACGAUACGGCGGCCAUCUCGGAGGUGACACAAUCAAGUGUGACGGCUCUCAAAGAGAAGGUUCAACAGUUUGAACAUUACACAGGGGCACGGGUUAACUGGGCCAAGUCGGCAGUUAUUGCGCCAGAGGUAGCUGGGGAACAAUGUUUUCAAGGACUUGAAGCUAGAGGUGUCAGAAAAGUUACCACAGGGAUAACUGGCUUGUGGAAGCCAAGCGUUCAUAGCGACGUUGCUUUUUUAUCCUUCGAUGUCGGCUCUUCCUAUCAUUGUGAAGCAGAAUUCACCAAGUGUUGGAUUGUUCACCCACCAGCAGGGAACGUGAGCUGGGCUUAGACCGUCGUGAGACAGGUUAGUUUUACCCUACUGAUGCACCGCCGUCGCAAUGGUAAUCCAACCCAGUACGAGAGGAACCGUUGGUUCGCACAAUUGGCAAUUGUGCUUGGCUGAAAAGCCAGCGGUGCAAAGCUACCGUGCGUGGGAUUAUGACUGAACRMCUCUAAGUCAGAAUCUGUGCUUGCAGCGACGGCGUAUGCCUCCUCGGAUGAUACAAGGUUGUCGAUAGGGCCAGCCCGUCUGGCCCCGAAAGCAUAAGUUCGGAGUUGUCCCUCCUGCGGUGGAGCACCGAUGCCCAGGGGGUCUCUUCAUCGCAAUUUCUUUCGCUCGGGGAGUCAAACCCUUUGCAGACGACUUAGACAGGGAACGGGGUGUUGUAAGCAGUAGAGUGGCCUUGUCGUCACGAUCUGUUGAGAUUCGGCCCUUUGUUCCAA